AUGAAAAUACUUCACUAAAAUUAAUAGCAAUAAUAAAUUCAAGAGAAUGACGAGUACUUUAAAAAAAGUAUAAUGUUAUUUGACUACAUUAGUUUCAAUUAUUAAGUAAUUGAAAAAGGUUGUGCAAGUUUUAAAAAGCAAAUUCAGAAGUACAAAGGAAUCAAUUGAUGUUUCCAAGAAAUAUAGCUAAUCUGACAUGGAAGAAUCGAUUUGA